GCUUACUAACCUUCCGUAACUUUGUUUACGUAAUUUCCGUAGCUUUCACGUGUGGGAAAGCAUUUGGAGUGCGUGAACUGUAGCGUCCUCUAGCUGCCAGAUUUUUGCCUUGAUACCAAAAUAAAUUUUAAGUAUUCUUCUAAGUUGCUACGGUACAAACUUUGAAUUGUGCUUUGAAGCUCGAAAAUGAUUUCAAACACACUGAAAUGCAUAAACAAAAUUGGCUUUAUUGGACUUGGGAACAUGGGUGGACCAAUGGCACGAAAUCUUCUGAAAAAGGGGAAAAAAUUGUCAGUCUUUGAUGUACAACCAGAAGUUGUAAAUACCAUUGCACAAGAAGGUGCCACAGCCUGCAGCUGCCCUGAGGAAGUAGCAGCACAGUCGGACUGCAUCGUCACUAUGCUGCCCCACGGUGCUAGUGUGCGAGAUACGUAUACUGGAGAGAGAGGAAUCUUUAAAUCUGUCAGCAGAGACACAUUUCUGAUAGACUGCAGCACCAUUGACAGAGAUUUAUCUGUAGAGCUGUCUGAGGAAGCUUCAAAAAGAGGCUGUUUGCAGUUUGAUGCCCCAGUAUCUGGAGGUGUGGUUGCAGCAAAAGAAGGAAAGUUAACUUUCAUGGUUGGUGGCCCAGACAAAUAUUUUGAAACUGUUAAAGAUCUUCUGUUGCACAUGGGUUCACGUGCUGUCCAUUGUGGUCCUGCAGGUUCAGGACAAACAGUUAAAAUGUGUAAUAAUAUGUUGCUGGCAAUAAGUAUGAUUGGUACUGCAGAAGCAAUGAAUCUUGGCAUAAGGCUGGGCCUGAAACCAAAUGUCCUUAUGGAAAUCUUUAACACAAGCUCUGGACAUUGCUGGUCAUCAGAACAAUAUAAUCCUGUUCCAGGAACAAUCAGCAAUGUACCAAGUGCCAAUAACUAUGAGGGUGGUUUUGGCACACAUCUUAUGGCAAAGGAUCUUGGUAUUGCACAAGAAGCAUCAACAAAAAAUCAAGUUCCUACUCCCUUAGGUUCAUUAGCACACCAGAUUUAUCGCAUUUUAGUUGCACAAGGAUAUGGAAAGAAAGAUUUUUCUGUUAUAUAUAAGUUUCUGAGUGAAGCGAAAUAAAUCUGCAAUUGUGUGAUAUGUCACUCAUAGCUUCCUAUGCAAAUGGCUAUAUAAAUGUAUUACAUUAAGAAAUGUCAAAAUCGACUUUGUAUUGAAGAUGGAGGUAUGUGAUUUAUGUUAGCACAGUUAUCAGCACAGUUUUUAGUAGCAAAGCGCUUUUGUAUACACCAGGACUACUUCCUUAAAUAUUAUUUGAGACCA